UCUGGGAGACUUUGAGUAUAAGGUAAUGCCCUUCGGCCUCAUGAAUGCCCCUGCAGUCUUCCAGGCCUUGGUCAACGACGUUCUCCGUGUUCUACUCAACCGCUCUGUCGUCGUCUACCUAGAUGACAUCUUGAUCUUCUCCCAGAACCCUCAGGAUCAUGUGAGUCAUGUAAGAAAAGUUCUCCAGCAGCUGCUGGAGAACAAGCUCUUUGUCAAAGUGGAGAAAUGUGAAUUCCAUGUGUCCUCAGUAAGAUUCUUAGGGUUCAUCAUAGAGGAGGGGCAAGUGAGGAUGGACCCAGAGAAGGUCAAGGUGGUAAUUGAGUGGCCCACACCAACAACCCUUAAACAUCUCCAGCGUUUUCUGGGUUUUGCAAAUUUUUAUCGGCGAUUCAUCCGGGACUACAGUCGUGUGGUCGCUCCCCUCACCCACCUUACCUCGUCCUCAGUUGCCUUUGCCUGGACCCCCGAAGCUGACACCGCCUUCACCGACCUCAAGAGGCGCUUUUCAUCAGCCCCUAUUUUAAUCCACCCAGAUCCCGUCCGCCAGUUCGUGGUUGAAGUGGACGCUUCUGAAACUGGUGGGGGGGCCGUCCUCUCCCAAAGGUCAGUAUCUGACAACAAACUGCAUCCCUGUGCCUUCUUCUCCAGGAAAUUCUCGCCGGCGGAACGCAAUUAUGAUGCUGGGGACCGUGAACUAUUGGCAAUCAAGAUGGCACUCGAAGAAUGGCGGCACUGGUUCGAGGGAACCGAACAACCCUUCCUGGUCUGGACCGACCACAAGAACCUGCCCUACCUUCAGUCGGCCAAGAGGGUAAACUCCCGCCAAGCUCGUUGGGCUCUUUUCUUUGGGCGUUUUAACUUCACCAUCUCGUAUCGUCCUGAGUCUAAGAACACCAAGCCAGACGCCCUGUCCCGGCAGUUCUCCAAGGGGGGACGUCCGGCUGAACCUGAACCCAUCCUGCCCUCAGCGUGUGUGGUCGCAGCGGUCACAUGGGAAAUCGAGGAGGCAAUUAAGAGGGCUCAGCAGGACCAGCCAGAUCCACGUCCUGACCCUAACAGUGCUAUAUUUGUACCCAAGUCUGUUCAUUCUCAGGUCUUGCAAUGGGCACACUCCACACGCCUCACCUGUCAUCCGGCGCACCCUAUCCCUCCUAAAGCGAAGCUUCUGGUGGGAAUCCAUGGAAGCGGAUGUAACACGGUCAUCCUCACGAUUGUGGACCGCUUUUCGAAAGCAGUUCACUUCGUGCCGCUCCCCAAGCUUCCCACAGCCCGUGAAACUGCAGACCUGCUGGUGGCACAGGUAGUGCGCCUCCACGGGAUCCCUGCAGACAUAGUCUCAGACCGGGGCCCUCAGUUUACAUCCCAGGUUACCAGCCACCACUCUUCCUGGCCCAGGAGGAGGAGGUUGCUGUUCCGUCCGUCCAAGCCCACAUCCUCAGAUGCCACAAGGUCUGGAAGAACGCCCACGCUGCGUAACCAACGCUUGGCGGACCGUCACCGGACCCCCGCUCCGGACUACCAACCAGGUCAGGAGGUCUGGCUCUCUACCCGGGACAUCCCACUGCAGGUGGAAUCCAAGAAACUCCAGCCCUGCUACAUAGGACCCUUCAAGAUCGCACGCAUCAUCAACCCUUCCGCUGUCCAGUUACCUCCCCAGUUCCAACCUCCCGAUCCAGCCCGUCCUUCGCCGGCCUCCCAGUCUCCAGCCCAGCUCCCCCACCGACACCGGAGGUAUUCCGUUCAGCGCCAAGCCGGAUUCCAGAUCUCCCCACAAAACCUCACAGCCCUGCUCCAAGCCUGCCUGGGUUCCUGCCACAGCCUGUUCAGAGCCACGCCAAGCCGGAUCCCGGACCUCUGCACCUACCCUCACGGUUCCUGUCCCAAGUCUGCCCUGGUUCCUACCGCGCUCUACUUUUAUCCUAAGCCUGUUUCACAGGAUUACAAAACUGGACCUGACCUGGCUGAGGACAAAGAGGAAACAUGGCUGGUUGAAUCUGGAGAUCAGGUCCUGCUGAAAACAAAUCAGCCUAUCCAAAUCAGAGACAUUUGA